AUUCGUGCAACCGGCACACGUUGAAGUUAAAUUGUUACUCACGUGUGUUCGUAAGUCACUUCAGUUCUUUACACAGCAGAAUCCAGAUAUAAUUACUGCAUGUUUCUCUUCGCAAUGGGGCGAGUGUUCCUCCUCACGUUUAAUUUGUAGCGUAGCUGCUUCCGGUGUGGGGAGUGUGCGAUGUGGCCGUGUCUGUGUGUUACUGAUUCGCUAAAUUAGCUGGCUGCAGCCUUUCAGGGAUACCUCUCUCACGGACCUCCAGCGCCCUCAGUGCAAUAAAAAUGGCUGCAGAGCUCUCUACGUCCAUAAACAUCAACGAGCCCCGUUGGGACCAAAGCACAUUUGCGGGUCGCGCCAAGCAUUUCUUUACCGUCACUGACCCGCGGAACGUCCUCCUCACCAAGGAACAGCUCGAACGCGCGCACAAAAUCAUCACUGACUACAGAAAAGGAAUCGUCUCCCCGGGGCUGACGGAAGACGAACUGUGGCGAGCCAAAUAUGUUUUUGACUCUGCUUUCCAUCCGGAUACCGGAGAGAAGAUGAUCCUGAUUGGCCGCAUGUCAGCGCAAGUUCCGAUGAAUAUGACCAUCACUGGAUGCAUGAUGACAUUUUACAAGACCACUCCAGCUGUGUUGUUCUGGCAGUGGAUCAAUCAGUCUUUCAACGCAAUCGUGAACUACACCAACCGGAGCGGCGACGCUCCCAUCACAGUCAGUCAGCUUGGCACAGCGUAUGUCUCGGCCACCACAGGGGCAGUCGCCACCGCGCUCGGACUAAACUCACUGACAAAGCAUGUCUCACCUCUGAUCGGACGCUUUGUUCCGUUCGCUGCUGUAGCCGCUGCAAAUUGUAUCAACAUCCCGCUAAUGAGGCAGAGAGAACUGAAGCAUGGCAUUCCCAUAACAGACGAGAACGACAACAGGAUAGGAGAGUCGUCCAAAGCUGCACAGCAGGCUAUCUCUCAGGUUGUGGUCUCAAGGAUCCUCAUGGCUUCUCCGGGGAUGGCCAUCCCGCCCUUUUUAAUGAAUCAUUUGGAGAAGAAGGCCUUCCUGAGGAGGUUCCCGUGGAUGAGUGCACCAAUUCAAGUCAGCCUGGUGGGAUUCUGCUUGGUGUUUGCGACUCCACUGUGCUGCGCGUUGUUCCCCCAGAAGAGCUCUAUAUCAGUUAGUCGCCUGGAGCCUGAGCUGCAAGAGAAAAUCCGGGCCAGCCACCCGGGCCUGGAGCGUGUCUACUUCAACAAGGGGCUCUGAGAGCCCCUUCCACCACAGAGUUCAAACGCUGCUAUGACCAGGUCGCCGGCCGCCCCUCAUUCAGUGUGCUAAAGUUAAGUUUGCAUCUGCUCAUUUCAAAUGAACAGCUUUCUCUUGAUUCUCUCAACAAUAGUGUGAAUUUGAAUUUUAAUCUGCAUUUUUUUUUUUGCAUCUCAAAUUGUUUUUACCACCUAAUUAUUGAAAAAUCUCUGCAGUUGUGCCAAAUUUACAUGACCUCCAAAUGACCGUAACCAGCAUUGCUAUCCCCAGAUGAGUUUGCUUUAUUUUUGCAAAAUGAGUGACCAUCAACAAAAGCUACGUUCUCUCCAGGUAGCCUUGCGUUUUAAAUGGAGGCGACCAGUAAUGGACCAACUUGGUGCUAUUUCAAAACCCUCACAAUUUGUUUUUCUCGUAUUUAUUCUGCUUGUCAAACAAGCACCAGCAACCACUCCUCAGUCCUCAUGACAUUCAUUUCCGCUUUUGUUUUGUUCAACAUACCGUAUUUCCUCAUACUGCGGCAGUGAAUUUACCAAACUGCAGCAAGCACCAGGCUGUCACUACCAUGUGCUUCGUGUCAGCAUGCCGUUAGCAUAAAUGUGGCAAGAGUUCAUAUUAUUAGCUUAUCCUAUCGUGCCAAAAACUACAUUUUGUUACUAUCAGCUCUGCUACUCAAAUGAGGAAUGUCAAUCAAAUCACGAAAUAAAUAACUAAAAUGACGACACAAAAGGCUGAAGUUGCCUGAUUUAGAGUUGAACAAGAUUUUUCAGAGAGCUACAAUAAAGAAAUGGCAUCGUGAAAUGGCCCAUCUGUAAAAUUGGAAGGUAUUCGGAUGAAUGCUUCUGGUUUCUUUUUUCUCAAUGCAUCGCAAGCAUCGAAUCAGGACUCUAUCGGCAGAUACUUAAAAUGAAGUGACUCAAACGCAAAAAGUGACAGUGACAAUCUUUUUUUUCGAGCUGGACAAAGGAGUCAUCAAUUUGAGGUGCGGGAGUUAUUCACUCAGGCUAGCCGAGGCUUCUAUUUGAGGAAAUACGGUCAUGUUCCUUUAUGAUACAUCAUGGUUUAAACAAGCUAAUUUGACAUGUUUUGAGCAGCAGCAUCCCGUGAGGAUUAAUCAACACAGAAAGUCAUUUUAGACUGUGCUGAAUUAUGACUAUUCAGUUUUAGUAUAGUACGCUACAUUUAUUUUACUUUUUGUUGUCAUUUUGAGUCCUAUAUAGACUUUGAGUAUUUGGCAACCUUACCAAAUACAAGGGGUCCUCGGUUAAACGGCAACAAUGAUCUGUCGUCACGCAGCCAAAGAAGGCACCCUCAGUAAAAGCUGUACUUAGUGUUUUUCAUUUGUUGUAUAUUUACAACCAAGAAGUGUUUUUCCAGAAAAAAAAUACAGUAUUACUGACUCAACGACUGUGCUAACAUAGGUUAACGAGUCCCGAUUUGCAUAUAAAUUCAGAUUACAUCACUACCAUAGGAACACAACUCCGUCGUAAACCAAGGACCCCCAUGCGCACUUGAGAUGGUUUUGGUAUCAUAUACUGCUCUCACAUUUCCUCAUCAGGAUGUCAUUUAAUUGUACGACCCUCUGUCAGUGUUAUAUAACGUUUCAGAAUGAAAGUAUCAUGUUGUGUAUUAGAAAAAGCAAACACCAUCUCACCUACCUAGACUGUGCUUGUCACUUUCCGUCAUAUGAAGAUCCUCAAUUUGGCCAGAGAACCGGACGUUUCAUUGGCCACUUCUAGAAAUCAGGGAUGAGGAAAAAAAAAACACAAAAACACCACUACCACAGGCACAAAACUCACAAGCAAAAAUGUUGAUUGAUUUGCUCUAUGUGGAGUUCAAGUGUUGUAAUAAUUUUAUCCAAUGACGGAAAAUGUUUACAUCAGAUGUUAGUGAACAUCAAUUUCAUCACCCGACAUCAUGGUGUGAUCACUGUAAAGAUGUUCAAUGGUCUCUAAAUCUACUAUUGUAUUGUAUCAGUAACUUGAUUUAAAUAGUGUUUCCAGAUAGAUGCUUCCAGCUGGUAUGACGUGACUUGUGUUCUUGUCAUCUUCAAGGUGAACUGAAUGUAACGUUUUCCUGCUAGACAAGUCUUGGUCCACAAAAGCACAAUGUUGGAAUGCUGAUAUGAAAUGCUGCACUUUUCUGUUUGGUUUUUGUAAAUCCUUCAUCUCUGACCAGCUGAGAGAGUAGCACAAAAAUCCUAUUUUGGUUUACUGAUUUACUGUAUUCACUUUCUUGACGUAAUUGUAUCCAAUAAGAGCUAAUCCCUCUUUAUUGCUGUACAUCUUAACCUACUACACCAACUAGUGGAAAGUGUCAAUUAAAAAUGUAGACCAAGCGAUUAUGUGAGGGAAUAAGUCAGAUGAUUUAUGUAUUUCUGAAAAUUAAAUGGCGUUUGCUUGUGCAGUUCACUGACUCAAUGUGAUCUUUAUGUCAAAUAAUAAAGAGCACCACCUUAAGGCACUAGACAGAAGA